AGCCCGGCUGUUACCUGACGUCCGUGACACCGCUGACGUGCCGCCGCGCGGCUCCAAAUCCAUCUUUCAUGCGGCGAUGACGAGCCAACGCCACUUUGUUACAAAUAAAAGCGCAUGCGACGUGGACGCGCCCCGCUGGGAGUGUGCAAAAGACCACGACGACUUUUGUAGACACUCAUCAAGAAGAAGGAGAGAUGCUCGCCACUUCAGAAAGCGGCACCCGGGAAGAUGCAAGCAGCCGCACCAAAAUGUGACAAGGCAACUAACGAGCAACUCAACAAGAUUCCGACAACAAGAGUCCACAAGGAGGUGCUGAAAUCAACCAAAAACAUCCAAGUGGCAGUCCAUCGUCAGACCUCCCUGCCGUCGAACCCCCUGUACAAAACCAGACUCGGGUUCCCGCAAAUUCCCAUGACUCAACAGAAAACAAUCUCGACGCCCGCCCAACAAGUCUGUGCUCGAGUAAACAAAAGCUCUUCCAGGAACAGAAUCCUCACCUCCCAGUCACACUGCAGGACUCCAGAAUCGGUUCUCCGGGAUACCAAGCGAUGCCUGACGCCAUACGAGCAGAACGAAAUCAAGGAAUACCGCCACGUGUGGUACCUGGGAGAAAAGGCCAAGAAAAUGCGACGCUCCAAAGACUCCACAUCGGCAACGGAGGGCGAGUCCUUCGACGACUCCAAAGGGUUCUACAAAGUGAGGGCUGGAGACCACCUGGCCUACCGCUUUGAGGUGCUGGGGGUGAUGGGAUCGGGACUGGCCGGAAAGGUGCUCAAAUGCAGGGACCACAAGACCAUGACACUUGUUGCCAUCAAGGUCUUUCGAAACACUGCAGAAGGUCAUAAGAUGGCACAGACAGAGUUGGACAAUCUAAAGACCCUGCAGCGACUAGACAGGACCAACAAAGCCAACAUGGUCCACAUGAAGGAGCACUUCUACUUCCGCAGUCACCUCUGCAUCACCUUUGAACUAUUUGAAAAGGACCUCCAUAAAGCCUUAGUGGAGAGUAAAUUGCGACGACUGUGUGAGACCGACAUCAGGAAAUAUGCCAUCGAUGUGCUCAAGUGUCUGAAAGUGCUCAAAGAUGUGCAACUCAUCCACGGGGACUUAAAACCGGUAAGGCAAUAACAACAAAAACUAAUUUGUCCA